CUCGAACGCGGGCAUGGUUCUUGGAUAGGAGAUGUAGAGUGCUGAUAUUUUGCAAAAAAAAAAAAAGAGUUCUGGGAUCUUAUGGGUGUUUGUUUGGUGGGUCUAUCGUAUGGGCGUUUGUGUUGCAGGUUUGCGUACCAACACAGUCCUGACAGACGAUCGGCAGCAAGAAAGGGAUCAUGUAUUGCACACGGCGAUUUCCUGGCUUCGCGAGGCAGCUGAGCAAGGGGAUGAUUAUGCACAGAAUGAACUUGGUCUCUGCUAUCAGAAAGGGGAUGGUGUGCCAAUGGACUUGCAAAACGCAUGCUACUGGUAUCGAGAAGCGGCAGAACGGGGAAAUGUCCAGGGGCAGUUCAACCUGGGCUUCUGUCUUUUUCAUGGGGAAGGCGUAAAAGAAGACCCUGUGGAGGCAGCAAAGUGGUACGCUCGAGCAGCAGAGCAGAACCAUGUCAAAGCACAGACAAACCUGGGGUAUUGCUACGAAUGUGGCAUCGGCACUGCCAAGGAUGCGUCCAAGGGGUUCGAGUGGUACCUAAGGGCGGCCAAACAGGGGUAUGCGGAGGGAGAGUACAAUGUGGGUAGGUGCUUCAUGGAAGGGAUUGGCGUAGACAUGAACGAUGUGGCGGCGGCAGAGUGGUUUUUGAAGGCAGCUGAGAAAGGACUUCCAUAUGCGCAGUGCAGUCUGGGCCUCUGUUUCCAAGAGGCAAAGGGAGUGCCCUGCAAUAUUGCUGAGGCCAAGGAAUGGUUCCAAAGGAGUGCCGAGCAAGGUCAUUGUGCAGCCCAGGCCCAGUUGGGUCUGUUGCUUGUUUCUCAAGCGAAAGCUGAUGACAAUCCAUCUGUAGCAAAGGCGGGCAUCAAAUGGAUCCGCAAAGCAGCAGACAAAGGUGACGCUGUGGCACAGCAUACUCUCGGUGAUUGCUACCUUAAUGGAGAGGGAGUUGCGAAGGACGAAAAAAAGGCUGCGUUCUGGUAUAGGAAGUCCGCUCUGCAAGGAAACCACACGUCACAGUUUGUCCUUGGCUACUUGAGAUUCCAUGAGAUAGGAAUGUCAAGGGACCUGAGCGAUGCAGUCAAGUGGUUUCAGCAGUCGGCAGCAGGAGGCAAUGUGCUGGCGCAAACCCAUUUGGGGUACUGCUAUGGAAGAGGCUCUGGGGUUGAGAAGGACGAAGCCCAGGCCGUUUCAUGGUACAGAAAGGCGGCUGAGCAAGGCUUCCCUUUUGCUGAACAUAAUCUGGGCUGGUGCUAUGAAAUGGGGAUUGGCACGCAGCGAGAUUAUGCCCAGGCUAUUGAAUGGUACGAGAAAGCAGCAGCUGAUGGAUGUGGGGAAUCCUGUACAAACCUCGGACUGUGCUUCCGCAAUGGAUUGGGGGUCGAAAAGGAUCUUGGGCGGUCUGAAGCUUGGUUUCGUCGGGGCGCUGAGAAUGGGUGUAGGAGUGCGCAGCGGAACCUUGGCGUUCUGCUGUACGAGAAAGCCAAGGGGCACUGUGGAAGCCAGCAUGAGCGUGAGUCUAUGUUCUUGGAAGCAGUCAAGUGGCUUGGAAAGUCAGCAGACCAAGAUGACGAGGGCUAUGCUGCACAGGACCUGUCGACCAGGUCUGACCUGACACAGAAACAAGGCGCAGAACAGGAAGAACGCCGCAAAGAUGCAGAAUGGUUCAGGAAAGCGGCUUUGCAGGGCGAUCAGGUAGCGCAGUGGAUGCUGGGGUGCUUGUAUCUUGCAGGGGAUGGCGUCGGGAAAGAUGAAGCAGAAGCAGUGGAGUGGCUGAAGAAGGCUGCCAGUCAAGGACACAUGGAGGCCCAGGCCUGUUUGGGAUUCUGCUUUGAGAAUGGCUCUGGCGUUCCAAAGGAUGAUAAGGCGGCUGCUGCAUGGUACCGCAAGGCAGCUGAGCAAGGAUAUGCGCAGGGGGAACACAACCUGGGGUGGUGCUAUGAACAGGGCAUUGGCGUUCCGAAGGACUGUAAAAUGGCCAUGGUGUGGUAUGAGAAAGCUGCUUCCAAAGGUCUAGCGGUCUCCCAGAACAACUUGGGACUGUGCUACUGUGACGGCAGGGGGGUGGAGAAGAAUCUGCGGAAGGCAGAGCAUUGGCUCCUUAAAAGUGCUAAUCAGGGCUUGACAGGCGGUCAGCGGAAUCUGGGACUCUUGUUAUAUCACAAAGCAAAAGCUGAUUUGGGGCUCGAUAGCAGUGGAACGCAUGACAUGGAAAUCGAUCAGCAAUUGCUGGCCAUUGAUUUCGGAAGGAGGUGGGGGGAGAAGAUGGCCAAAAACGACGGAGGCGGCCUGAUUUUUCUAAGUUUUGAGGACGACGAUCAAGGGGAGGAAGAAGAAGAGGAGGAAGAGGAGGAAGGAGAGGAGGAAGAGGACGACGACGAGGAGGAGGACGACGACGAAGAGGGGGAAGGGAAGGCUCAAAGGGAAGGUAGUGCCGAGUAUGGUUAUCGAGAAAAGGCGGAUCUGGCGGCGGGAAAUUUGGCUGAAGAUAAUGGCGCGAAGCAUAUUGUUUCAGACUGCGGCGAUUUACCGCGCAAAUCCAUCGAUAGGGGUAGUAGUCCAUACGGAUCCUUGCAAUCUGUCGAUUACAGGGGUAGUUGGGGAAAUGUGAAAUUAGAAGCCGCGGGGAUGGAGGCAAGAGAAAUAAAAUUUGGCAGGGAUACAGGGAGCGUGGAGGAAGAGGAUCGAGGUAGUCGAACGCCUCGGUCCGUUAAUCUUGCCGCGAAUGCGGACUAUGUUCAACUGAGGUUGGGAGGGGAGGGGGAGGGCUCUCCGCGGGAGGACGUCGGCGGAGAUUCAGAAGCGGAAAUAUUGACUCCGAUAAUUAGCCCGAGAAGAUCUGCAGAUCAUGUUAUGCGGGAUUUGACGUGUGUUCGAUGUGUAACACCUGUAGCAAUGCCGUCGGUUGAGGAGAAGCAGGAGAAGGACGAGAAGGAGGAGGAGGAGGAGGUAUUUCUCUCUCGACGGGAGGCGGUGUGUCGCGGGCAACAAGGUGCUAAUGUUGCCGCCGUGGCAGAGGAGGAGAAAGCAGGAGAGGAAGGCGGCGUAAGAGAGAGAGGAGAAGUUAGGGAGGGGGAUUUUUUUAAAGGACUAAAGUGGGAGAAGGUGGGUGAGGUUGGGAGGAGGGGAGAAGAAGGGGAGGUAGGGAAGGAGGGAUGGGAAAGGGAGCGUAGCACGCUCGUGAAAGGAACAAGCUCUGGUGGCGAGGGAGUGAUGAUGGAUUUCAACAAGCCGUUAAUUGAUGGUAGAGGGGCAGUGAAGGGGGGGAACGGAAGGUCUAGCGAUGAAGCAGAGGGUUCUUUGGGGCCGGGAAUGGAGAGCGACCGGGAGGGAGAGACGGAUAUGAGGAGAACGGAAGCGUCGCUCAUUUCAACCUUGUCGUCGAACUUCAAGGAGGCUGGUCGAUCUUCGGUCGCAGAUCCGUGUGCAGCUACAGGCCAUCACCUGGCUAUGAAAGAUGCGCUGGAAUGGCUUCAGAAGGCUGCGCAAGGUGGCGAUGCUCUUGCGCAAAACUGGGUGGGGAUGUGCUUCCUGAGCGGAGACGGAGUCCCCAAGGAUGAUACCGAAGCAUAUUUGUGGUAUAAGAAAGCUGCAGCACAGGGAUGGGCAGACGCACAGCGCUGUCUUGGGUACCUGUGUUUUCACGGAAUCGGAGUUCCUUGUGACGAGGCUCAAGGGAUCGAGUGGUACUCGAAAGCGGCUGAUCAAGGUGACUCCAUUGCGCAGGCCAUCCUUGGCUACUGCUACCAGAAGGGACUGGGAGUGCCUGUGAAUGCGUCACAGGCGGUUGAGUGGUAUCGCAGGUCAGCAGAUCAAGGCUAUGCGCAGGCACAGCACAACCUUGGAUGGUGUUACCAGAAUGCAAUGGGCGUCGAUCACAACCCUGACGAGGCUGUCAGAUGGUACUCGAAGGCGGCAGGACAGGGACAUGCGGAUGCACAGAGAAACUUAGCAAUCUGUUAUCGGGAUGGCGUGGGUGUGAAAAGCGACCUCUCCAAAGCAGUGUAUUGGUUUUGUAAGGGUGAAAGCAGUAAAGAGUUGGGGAUAAAAGACUUUGACGAAAGGACAGCUCCUGCGGCUGCUGAGUGUAAAGAAUCUGAUCAAGCUCUGGCGACCGGUGAUCAUUCAGAAGCCAAGGAGCUUGGCAAGUGCACUGAAGGAGUGGUAGCUGCAGAGGAGAUGGUUGUGCCAGCUGUCCCAGAGAGAGGGUUGUUGUCGGAUACUAGGAAUCAACAGCUCCCACAUGUUGCUGGGCACGGCGUGACAGAAUUGGUUAAGCCUGAUCCCGAUGAACGCAGGAACCUUGCAAAGUAUGGAAAGGGGCUCGAGCAGCAAGUGGAAACUUAUCUUGAGCAAUCACGUGACAAAGUGUCUGGGCCAACUAUGGAUAAGCUGCAAGCGCCGGAGAGGAACAACACGUUUAACGAACGGUACCAUGAAAGGAUUCCAGUCGAUAAGAAAACAUUGGGUGGUGAAGGAAGUGGUAUCAAACUGGGCCAAGACUAUAGAGAGGCCUUGAGACGGUACCACGAGGCGGUGUUUGGCGGAUCACGUUUGACCAGCGGUCUUGCCGACGCCCCGAGAAGUGCGGCCGCAGAGCAGACGUUGAGGCUUUCCUCAGUGACGGUGACGCCAUCAGCGCUAGAUCGUGCGAUGAUCAGCCGGAGUGCUUCAAUGGUAGACAGGAAAGACAAAGGAUCAUUCACUGUCCAUUCUCCGCGGCCUGCCAACUCUCCUCAGUUUGGUCCCCUUGCAAGCCCCUGUGGAGCUCAGUCACCUCUUCUCAAAGUGCCGUCUUCGGACCGAAUGUUUCCACAGCCUCUUGUGAAGCCGUCUACGUGGAUGAAGAGGUUUUUCUCGUCACCGGUGAGGUCGACCCCAGCAGCUGGCAGCAGCCCAGAGAAGCCGUAUUCGCAAUCGAAUCCAGAGUUUACACAGUCCAAUGAUGACGGCAGACACCAUCAGCUCACGACGGGUGCGCAGCCUGCUCAGAGUGGGGCUUCAAAACCUUUUGCACUAUCACAGCUGUUACCUGGAAGGUUUGCAUCAAUGGCAGUGGGAAAAGCCCCCACCCUCCCGGACACGUCCGCCCACGGGCAUGCCGCUAUCUCAGCGACAUCUAGUGGCCAGUCUUCUACACAGCAGCAGACUAAUAAAGUCCAGCCUGUUAUUGCAGACUCAUCAAGGAAGCGUCUCCCUUUUGCUCAGACUAAGCCCAUUGAUGACGAUCCGAAACGUCUGGGCGUGGAUGCCGAUAAUCUGCGAGGAGUGGCUGGGGUCACAAACCGAUCAAAUCCGCUGGGCUUCUCCCUCUUGCGGUCGAGGAACCAGCAAGGUCUUCUGCCACGUGUAUAGGUGCGUGUUGUACUGAAUUACACAGUCAUGUUGCUGUGUCUUUGACUCUUUGAUGAUCAUCUUUUGUAGUUUCUUUUUUCAGUUGAUGAAUGAUUUUAGCUCAGACUUUUUGCAGUUUUCUUGACCUUGGUGAUUUGUACAUUCUGAGAGUGUCACUUUUGACACACUGUUGACAGACAGCUGACUUGCAGACUGUUCUUUGAAACAGAUUGUAAGGUGUUAAGGAGGGUGUGGAUGGAUUGGGAGCAACGGGAGCCCAUUUGGGGGUUCCCUGUUCUACAGGGGCAUUUGUUGACGACUGGAUCUUUGCGGAAGCGGGGGCGAGAGCGGAAGGGUGUGGAUGCAGGACCAGAGGUAGAAUGGUCAGGGAGAGGUUGAAGGCAGGGGCUGGGAGGAGGUGGGGGGGAAGUAGGGGCGAAUAUGGACACAAUGGGAGCCCGCAAGGAGGAGGUGGGGGCGGGGGGGUGGGGGGGAGGUAGGGGCGAAGAUGGACACACGAGGGGGCCUGCAAGAAGUCACUUCUUCUUCAAGGGUUCAUGUUGGUGCCUGGAUCGCAGGACCAGAGGCAGAAUGGACGGGGAGAGGUUGGAGGUGGGGGGCUGGGAAGGAGGUGCGGGAUGGGGGGCGGGGAGAAGGACGGGGUGAAGAUUGGACACGAGGGAGCCCGCAAGCGGUCACUCUUUUUCUUCAAGGGUUCAGGUUGGUGUCUGGAUCUUUUACACACUAGUUCAGUUUCCAUCGCUCAUUCUGUAAGUUGAACGGGCCUUUCACAAAGGUUCGAGAAGGGUAUUUGCAGGCCGGGAGGCACUAGAAAGGAGGGGGACAGAAUUGCAUGCAUGGAAGGCACUAGAGAGGGGACCAUAUUUGUGGGGUGUUGUUGGCAUCUUCACACGAAUACAGAGUACCCUCAUUAUUAUGAAUGUGCAAAAACUACCUUUCCGGCGCUUAUACCCUCGUUAUGAAUGUAUAAAAGCUACCUUUCUGGGCCCGAUACGGUCAUGAUAAGGGUACAUUGUGUUUUGGGGAAGGCGGUCGUAUCAGUCAUGCCGAGCAGCAAGUCAACGCUUUGGCGAGUGUCGCAUACGGCGCUUUCUGCUAAGAGAACAUGUUUGUCCCAACUGGAUUGGCAAAUGGGUAACUACUAAACAGGCAAACAUGGCAGGAUGGAUUUGUGAAAGAAAUGUUUGUGUGCGGGUAGGGGUUGGGGGGGUUGAUGCGGCGGAGGAGUAGAUUAGAGAGAUGGAAGAGGGAGGGAAACAUAACCAGCCCUGUAAGUUAAAUGCACCCUUGUGGGCGGGGAAAGGUGCCAUAGCUGAAGCUGUCUCUGAUGUCAGAAGAAGAAUCGAAGGGGGGGAGAAGAGGGGGAAAUGUGAACGUUCCAAUGAUCAGUUUUGUAGAUGUCGUAGGUUCUGGCUUUUCGGGGUGGGGUGGGGGGGGGGGGGUAGCUGGCAAGGGGAGAGGGGACGUGGGAUGGAGCUGUGUGGUGCAGGGAAGAGGAGGGAAUAGGGGAGUGGAGGAAGGGCAGUAGGAACGAGUUCCUAGAAGCGGGUAGGAAGUUUGAAACACAACUGAUAGGCUAUUCGCAGCACAGUUUGUGAAAGCGGGGUGGAACAGAAACAAUGGGUUAUCUGUGAGCCUGUGGCCCAGUAUGUGGAAGGCGGUAGAACUAAUGGGUUAUCUGUGCAAGGAGCUGUAGAAAGCAGUCGGCAGCAGUCGGCAGCAGUCGGCAUGAGCAGCGGAGUGAAACGUAGUCGGGUUUGCCUGAGAGGAACGCGCUUUCACGAAGUUGUCAGGAGUGAGGACCACCACUGCGGCAGCAAAACACUGAACAACAGGAACAGUUUUUGCGCUAUGUUUGGAGUCUUUGGACCACCACUGUGGCAGCAAACCUUGGUGGUAUGGUCCUGCCGGGAGAUUCCUCUUGUGAUCACUGUACUAUGUGAGUGAUAGAAACAAUGCGACUGAGUAAGAGGAGUGGGUGCGAGUGGUGGUACGUUUCGCUUCUCUCAAUUUGUCAACAAUGACGUUGAACAAUUGGAGACGGGAGUAGGAAGCGGGGCAGAGAAGAUUCAUGAUGGAUGGUGGACUCAACCGUCGGCUGACAGCAGCGUCUUUUUCAGUGGAACUUCGUUCACUUCUGAAGUUUCGAGUGGACAGGUUUGCAAACAGAAAGCCAUUAACAUGUACUAUUGUCACAACACGCCACCACAUGUUGAAGAAACGAUGCAACCAUUCUAAAGCCAUGAACUA